ACCUUCACCUUUGACCACUGCUUCUGGUCCUUCUCGGAGGCGGACGGCCACUACGCCAGCCAGGAGUACGUCUUCCAGCAGCUGGGCACCUCGGUGCUGGACAGCGCCUUCCAGGGCUACAAUGCCUGCAUCUUCGCGUACGGGCAGACGGGCAGCGGCAAGAGCUACACGAUGAUGGGCAGCCCGCACGAGAAGGGCCUCAUUCCCCGCCUCUGCGACGCCCUCUUUGAGCGCAUCGAGGCGGCGACGAGGGCGGACGAGGGGGCCAGCUUCAAGCUGGAGGUCAGCUACAUGGAGAUCUACAAUGAGAAGGUGCACGACCUGCUCGACCCGGCCGGCGGCACGCGCCAGUCGCUGAAGGUGCGCGAGCACAACAUUCUCGGCCCGUACGUCGAUGGGCUGAGCACGCUGGCCGUCAGCAGCUUCGCCGAGAUUGACAGCCUCAUGGCGGAGGGCAAUAAGUCGCGGACGGUGGCGGCCACCAACAUGAACUCCGAGUCGAGCCGGUCGCAUGCGGUCUUCACGCUGACGCUGACCUGCUCGGUGUACGACUCGAUGGCCGAUGUGAGGGGAGAGCGGGUUUCGAAGAUGAGCCUGGUCGACCUGGCGGGCAGUGAGCGAGCGGUGAAGACCGGGGCGGUGGGCGAGCGGCUGAAGGAGGGCUCGAAUAUCAACAAAUCGUUGACGACGCUCGGGCUGGUCAUCUCGAAGCUGGCCGAUCAGGCGGCGGCGGCAUCGCUAGGAGCAGCAGGUCGGCGAAAGGAAACCUCAAAGUCGAGCACCUUUGUCCCGUACCGUGAUUCAGUGCUCACCUGGCUGCUGAAGGACAACCUGGGCGGCAACUCGAAGACCAUCAUGAUCAGCACCAUCAGCCCGGCGGCGGACAGCUACGAGGAGACGCUCAGUACACUCCGGUACGCCGAUCGGGCGAAGCGCAUCGUCAACCACGCGGUCAUCAACGAAGACCCCAACAACCGCAUCAUUCGGGAGUUGCGCGAGGAGGUGGAGCAGUUGAAGGAGCAGCUGCUGCAUGCCACCGUGCAGACGGAGCUCCAGGAGCGGCUCGUAGAGUCGGAGAAGCUCAUCAAGGAGAUGGAGCAGACCUGGGAGGAGAAGCUGCGGCGGACGGAGAAGAUUCACCAGGAGCGGCAGCUGGCGCUGGAGAAGAUGGGCAUCAGCGUGCAGAGUUCGGGCAUUGCCGUGGAGAAGGACCGCUACUACCUGGUCAACCUCAAUGCCGACCCCUCCAUGAACGCCCUGCUCGUCUACUACCUGAAGGAGCGGACGCUCAUUGGGCGGCCUGACGCCGAGGUGGAGCAGGAUAUUCAGCUGUCCGGGGUGGGCAUCAUGCCCGAACAUGCCGUGAUUGAGAUUGACCGACAUGCGGGCGAGAUUUGGAUGGAGCCGGCCGCAGGCUCUGGAGGAGGUGCCCGAACCUAUGUUAAUGGACGGCCGAUUGGCGAGUCGAGGGUGAUGCUGCGAAACGGCGACCGCAUCCUCUGGGGCAACAAUCACUUCUUCAGUCUGAACUGUCCCAUUGGCUCGG